AUGAACAUCCUGACCCUUGACAGCUUUGAUCUGCGCGGCAAGACCGUAUUUCUCCGGGUGGACAUGAACUGCCCAAUGGAUCCAACAACCAUGAAGAUCGCAGGACUUGGAAGGAUCGAGGAGGCCUGCGAGACCAUAAGGUGCCUUGGUGACGCAAAGGUCGUGGUGGCCUCCCACCAGGGAAGGGUGGGCAACAGGGACUACACCGGGAUGCGCGAGCAUGCCCUGGCGCUAGAGGAUCUUCUUGGAAAGAAGAUAAAGUAUGUCGAGGACACCAUCGGCCAGGCGGCGCAGAAGGAGAUCAAGAGCCUGCACAACGGAGAGAUCCUGCUGCUGGACAACCUCCGACUCUGCGCAGAGGAGAACUACGAGUUCUCCCCAAAGGCUGCAGCCAAGACCAUAAUGGUAAGGAGGCUGGCGGGCCUCUUUGAUCUGUGCAUACUGGACUCGUUUCCGAGCGCCCACAGAUCCCAUCCCUCAAUAGUGGGAUUCCCACAGGUGCUGCCCGCCUGCGCAGGCAGGAGCGUCGAGAGGGAGGUUCGCCGUCUGGAUGAAAUAAUUACCGUUGCCAAGGCGCCCCACGUCAUAGUCCUGGGAGGAUCCAAGGUGGGCGACAGGCUGGAGUCCGUCAAGAUGCUGAUCAGGACCGGCAGGGCGGAUCACGUGCUGCUCACAGGAGUCAUAGGAAAUGUCUUCAUGAGGGCCCAGGGCAGGAUAAAGUCCCCCCUGGGAAUCAAGCACGAGGACGAGGCAGUGGCAAAGGCGCACGCCCUCAUCGGCGAGUAUCCUGAUGUCUUCUCCACCCCGGUGGAUGUGGCAGUAGACCAUGCGGGCAGAAGGGUGGAGAUGGAUGUCCGCGAGCUGGAUCGCGAUGACAAGAUCCUGGAUCUCGGGCCCAAGACGGUAAGGCACUACAGCAGGCUGAUUGCCGGCGCCGGCACCGUCUUCAUCAGCGGGCCUGCGGGACUCUUCGAGAACGAGCAGUUCAGCUUUGGAACCAAGUCGCUACUGGAGGGCGUGGCAUCAUCCAUCGCUACCACCAUAGUGAGCGGGGGCCAUCUCACGUCGGCGCUAAAAAGGUACGGCCUGAUAGACAAGAUAGACCAUGUUAGUACCGCCGGGGGCGCGCUUGUGCUCUACCUGACGGGUCAGAGGCUUCCCAUGAUGGAGGCCCUGGAAGACGCGGCAAGACGGCACUAG